AUGGAGGAGGGCUGCGACGUCUAUCGAAGAGACCUCUUCCUGGAUGGUUUAUUAGUCCUCACCAGCUCUGAGCAUGGGGGGCACGAUCCUGCCACAGAGUUCCGCAGACACCUGGAGGUGCUCGGCGCCAGCUGGCUGCAUGUCCGAAGUGACAAGGGCCUCCUUCACCGUCUGCCACCGGGGCCGUACAUGUACAUAGAUAAAGCCCUCAAGCCCGUCUACCGGCUCUACGAUGAUGUACAAGGGUCGUUUCUCACAGCCCUGAAGCCACGGCUCACCUGGCAUGACACGGUCCCAUAUUCGCAACUUCGAGCCGCUGGAACUUCAUACGAUUGCCUCAGUGUUGCGGUGCCUGCAAGGUUUCCGGGGAGCGUGCAAUCAUGCGCCCCACGGCUGCGCGUAGUGGUGAAAGACCUCUACCGCAUGAAGGGGUUGAAGACAUCGCUCAACAACCGAGCGUACUACGACUUUAGCGAGCCCGCUGAUUCCACCGCGGCUGUAAUCAGCUCACUCGCCCGGGACGGCGCACACAUCCUGGGCAUGACGAAACUGAGCUCCAUGAUCGCACGCGAAGAGCCGCUGGACGCGGUGGAUUUCCACACCGCUUUCAACCCCCGAGGAGACGGAUAUCAGUCACCGGCUGGCAGCAGCAGUGGCAGCGCUGCCGCGGUAGCUGCCUACGACUGGGUUGACUGCGGCAUUGGCAGUGACACCAGCGGAAGUGGGCGGCGGCCAGCGCUGGCCAACGGCGUCUGGCAGUUUCGCCCGUCGCACGACCGUGUUGAUCUGCGCGGCAUGGUCGUCACCUACGCGCAAUUCGACACACCGUGCAUCUUUGCGAGGGAGCUCCGACAUCUGAAAACCGCGCUGCGAUCUUGGAUUCCCGAGAGCGGAGGCGGCCAGACCCACGCGGACCAGCGCAUGCCUGCUGACGUGCCCUCCUACGAAAUCGUAUACCCGCUGGACUAUCUUCCGGUGCCGAACCAAGAGCAGAUGGCCUUGAUUGACAGUUUUCUUAGCGACGCCGCGUCUCACCUUCCCGCCACAGUCCGGAAGAUCUCGAUCCGAGAGACGUGGAAAUCCAGCCACCCCGUGGGUACCCCCGACGAUGUCGACGAAUACCUCCGCGACGUCGUCACCCGCACCUACUACUACGCCUUUUAUCACUCCAGCGAUGAGUUCCGCAACAAGUACGCCCAAGCACACGAUGGCCGGCCUCCCUACGUGAUCCCGUUCGUGCAGCGCCGAUGGGCAAAAGGAGCAGCAGUCACGGCGGCGCAGCACCAGGAGGCGACGGACAGGUUGAAGGAGUACAAAGAAUGGCUGCUGCGCACCGUGUUUUAUCAAGGCGGUCAAAAUGAGAAGGAGAAGCAGAAGCAGGUUCUUGUCCUCCUUCCCAUCGGCAACGUCGUUCCGAACUAUCGCGACACGCCUUCGCCUUCGCCUGAGGAACAGUCUGCCCUGGACGAGCUGUUCCUGCCGCCGAUUCUGGGGGCCCCAGACAUCGCGGUGCCUAUUGGCGACGUUCCCUAUCAGUCCAGGAUCACGGGGCAGACGGAGCAUCUCCCUGUGGUGGUGAAUUUCGUGGCGGCCCCGGGACGGGACUGGGAGUUGAUCGCUGCCGUGGAGAAGAUCAUGGCGCUCUCGGCGCGGCCAACGGUUGUCAGGACCGGGAAACGCAUGUUUGAAGCAUCUUGA